AUGGAUACAACUUGCUUUUCUGAGAGCAUUUAUAACCUCAUACCCAUUGACUCGAAGGAGCCUCCCCAGCCUCCUAGGUACGUAUCUAUUUUUAAGACAUCUGUAAAAGAUACCCUGCAAAAACAUAAAGCUGCAAUGAAGACUAUGGGACCACCAAAAGUUGAAGUACCUUCUCCAAAGGAUUUCCUGAAGAAACAUUCAAAGGAAAAAACUCUACCACCCAAAAAAAGAUUUGAUCGGAAUGAGCCCAAAAAGCCUCCUGUGCCACUGAGGACUGAUCAUCCAGUCAUGGGACUACAGAGUGAAAAAAAUUUUAUAAAUACAAAUGCAGCCAAUGUCAUUAUGGGAGUGGCUAGAAAGCCUAAGCCAAUUUAUGUUGACAAAAGAACUGGAGACAAGCAUGAUCUUGAAACCUCAGGACUAGUUCCAAAAUACAUCAAUAAAAAGGAUUAUGGUGUCACACCAGAAUAUAUAUGUAAGCGAAAUGAGGAAGUAAAGAAAGCCCAAGAAGAAUAUGAUAAUUAUAUCCAGGAAAACCUUAGGAAAGCAGCUAUGAAAAGGCUCCCUGAUGAAGAAAGGGAGGCGGUUCUGCAGGGGCUGAAGAAGAACUGGGAAGAGGUGCAUAAGGAGUUUCAGUCCCUCUUGGUGUUCAGUGACUCCAUCCCAAAGAAGAUCCGCAAGCAGAAGCUGGAAGAAGAGAUGAAGCAACUGGAACAUGACAUCAGCAUCAUCGAAAAGCACAAAAUUAUUUAUAUUGCCAAUAAGUAAUAAUGGAUUUUUUAAAAAUAUAGUCAUUUUAACAUAGGGGAAAAAAUGAAACUUUGCUUUUCAACGAGGAAAACACUAUUAAGAGAAUAAAAAUAGUUUUUACCAAAAUGCUGGGGCAGUGAUUAAAGGGUAAUCAAAUUAUUCUACCCAUGUGAGAGAAACUUUUGUUUUUACCAGCAUUAGGAUUUCCACGUAUAAGCAGAAGUUUGAUGUGGCGUGUUCCAGUUUGUAGGGUGAUCCAUUAUUUUUACGUACUUGUUUCACAGAAAUAUUAAUUUCCGGGUGCUGAAGAAUAAAGUCAGCACUCGGAACUUCAGAUUUUUUCUAUACUGCAUGAAACAAAGAGCACAACAUUAAAAACUGUGAAGUAUUUU